AUGAUGCAGCCGGCCGGCCCGGGCCUGCCGCCUCUAUUCGUCUGGCUGCCAAAGCUGCACUCACGGAAGGCGUUCUACAUCCUCUGGUGGAUCCUGGCGGGCAUCGUUGCGGCGCUCACUCUCCUGCGUGUGGUUCGGUUCCUCCGAGCGCGUUCCAUUCGGCGAAACGUGGCCGCUCUCCGGCUCGGUGCCCCUUCUGCCUCGACACCCGAUCCAAAGGCCAUCACGGCGGACAGAGCAACGGCGACGAGAAGAAUGAUCGGGCUCAUGAAGGGAAUGUACGCGGGGUAUCGCAACUGGGCACACGUCCGUGUCCCCCUCGUUCUGUUUCCGAACCACACAGCGACAGAAUACUUCUGGACCGCGGCUUAUCUCGGCCUCGUCCUCGGCUUGACAAUGUGGGGAUCAGUGUACAAGGGCAAGAUGAACUAUACCCGCGUGUUCGGGCUGGCUGUGAGUUUAGCGAGUGGAGCGAGCGCAGUGAGCGCGGCGAGCCGCGAGCCGCGAGCCGCGAGCCCCAUUCCCAAUUCCCAACAGCAGCCCCAGUCUCAGCCACAGCGAGCGAUGCUGUAUUAA